ACAAGCUAAUGUUAGCUAGCAAGCUGUCAACCUGUCAAGUGGAGAGGCUGGGACAAACGUUUCAGCUUCCCCCUGGCUUGGCCACUGAAAGCUCCGGCCCACCAAUUUACACGAAAGUCCGCUAGGGUAUACAUUUUAUGACACCAGCUGAGAUAAUGUAAUGCAACGCAGUCGUACGAAAAGAGGGACCACCGCGCGUAGAGGAUUUAUAUGCACCGAGGCUUGAGUAGCGAUUGGGCAUUACUAGAUAACUGGCUAGCUAGCCUAGCUAACCCACCGCAACCCCCCGAGUUUCGUCGGCGUAGUCUCUCCGCUGUGAAGUUCGGGCUGUCAGUCCUGGUCACAGUCACACUUCAGUUUUCGCCGACCACUAUUUUGGAAAUUUGGUUUUAAGAGGGACACAAUGGGUGCAUUUCUGGACAAACCAAAGAUGGAAAAAUAUAAUUCCCAUGGUGAGGGUAACUACCUGAGAUAUGGGCUGAGCAGCAUGCAGGGUUGGCGAGUAGAGAUGGAAGACGCACACACAGCAGUAAUUGGUCUGCCCCAUGGUCUCGACCUCUGGUCCUUCUUUGCCGUUUACGAUGGGCAUGCUGGCUCUCAGGUGGCCAAGUAUUGCUGUGAGCACCUGUUGGAGCACAUCACCAGCAACUCAGACUUCCAGAGUGCUCUGCAGGAAGACCCCUCUGUGGAAAGCGUGAAGACUGGGAUCCGCACAGGUUUUCUGCAGAUCGAUGAACACAUGCGAACCAUCUCCGAGAAGAAGCACGGUGUGGACCGCAGUGGCUCCACUGCAGUGGGCGUGAUGAUUGCACCAAGCCAUAUCUACUUUAUCAACUGUGGCGACUCAAGGGGGCUCCUCAGUCGUGGUGGAGCUGUGCACUUCUUCACACAAGACCACAAACCCAGCAACCCCUUGGAGAAGGAAAGGAUUCAGAACGCUGGUGGCUCAGUCAUGAUCCAGCGGGUAAAUGGCUCCCUAGCUGUCUCUCGAGCUCUGGGAGACUUCGACUACAAGUGUGUGCAUGGAAAAGGCCAGACGGAGCAGCUUGUUUCUCCUGAACCUGAAGUUUAUGCAAUAGAGAGAUGUGAAGGGGAAGACGAAUUCAUUAUACUAGCUUGUGAUGGCAUCUGGGAUGUCAUGGCCAAUGAGGAACUGUGUGACUUUGUCAGAUCGAGGCUAGAAGUGACAGAUGAUCUUGAAAGAGUCAGCAAUGAAAUUGUUGACACCUGCCUGUAUAAGGGAAGCCGGGACAAUAUGAGUGUUGUGCUAAUCUGUUUUCCCGGAGCCCCAAAGGUAUCACCAGAAGCGGUGAAACGGGAGGCUGAGCUGGAUAAAUAUCUGGAAGCCAGAGUAGAAGAGAUCAUCAAAAAGCAAGGGGAUGAAGGUGUCCCAGAUUUGGUCCAUGUCAUGCGAACAUUAGCAUCUGAGAGCAUCCCUAAUCUCCCUCCUGGAGGAGAGCUGGCAAGCAAACGAAGUGUUAUUGAAGCAGUCUACAACAAACUCAACCCCUACCGAAGUGAUGACACAGUCUGGAUCUCACUCUGAGUUGUCCUUGGUACUGUGGUUCAACCUGUCCGUCUGGCCUGGCAGCUCAGUUAGUGAUGCAGCCUUCUGUGCUGACGAAAUUGUCUCGUGUCCUUCCCUGGAAUUAUCGGUCCAGCUAAAAAAAUGCUGAAUGUUUUUUGUAAAGGAGUGAUCCAAAAUGGUGAUAACUAGAGCGACACGGUUGCUGCAAUUCUAAUAUGAUAUGCCCUGCAGUUUUUGUAUCAGCUGGCAAUCUGUUUUUUUUUUUUUGUUGUAGUUUUUUUUAAAACAACUUGAGUGGCAAUUCAUUUUCAUAAGAAUUAUAAAUAAGAUGUUUUUCUUGAGCAGAAAGAAAAUCACUUUAGUUGUGCGCUAAAUUAUUAUACACUAGUAUUUUAGCGUAGAGGAUAAUUAUGAUAUAGUUUGUAAAGCCUAAGUAAAAUACUAUUUUAGAAGGUUAAGAAAAGGGGUUAUCAUAUGCAUAAUUUGUUGGCCCUAAAAUAAAACUGUAUUGAUGUUCUGAAACGCAUACCUCUUUGAGGCUAGUUUGUUUACUUUGCUGAAACUUUAAUCUAAUAAUGACGCAGCAGAUCAUCUCAAAAUGAUAAUGUGCCGUGCAUAGUGAAAUUAAGUGUACAGAUGUGUACUCAUUCAAGACCGAAGAUUCCUAAAGUAAUGUAGAUUAAAUUAAUUAUAAGAAAAAUGGGUUAACUUCCUGAAAAUUCUGUCCGCUCUGAGUCGGUUGCAACAUCCAAAUCCUUCCUCACAUCUGCUGCUCUGUGUCUUUCAUUGAUAUGUGGCAGUGUGCCCACAUUUUAGCACCUGUCCGUCCAUACUCGUGUGUAUUAAUGAUUAGCAGUGGAACAUCAGUUAUUGUAAAAUAGCAUGGUACUUUACACUGGUUAUGAGGAUGUUGCCAGCCAUAUGUUUUAGCUCUUGACGUGUAAUCAUGUUAUGUGUCAUCAUGUUAUGAUUCAAACCCGUAACCAAAAUGUUUUUGUAAUCAUGGCAAAUUUCAUGGUGCCGUUUCAAACCACUUCCAGGAACUAAGUCACUUACAAAUAUGAAACCGUCCUGAACUUGUUUGCUUUAUCAUUUUAUCGUCUAUACUUUAUGACUUACGUAAUGCUGUUGUCGUCCUUGUCUGGUUGGUAGUUUGCCUUGGUCUGGUUUAUGUCCACUGUCACACUUGGACCUCGGUCCACAUAGAUACUGUAGUUUUAUAGAUCUUAAGAGUAAUUAUUGAGACACAGAGAUCUCCAGCUGAUGCUUGUCAUGAGUUUAAAAAGGUAAACAUCAAACAUACUUGCCCAUAUGAGUAAUGAUUAAAGCGGUACACGUUGAUAAUAUCACUUAUUAAUUACAUGUAUUCAUUUGCAAAGGGCUUUUCAUGUCACAAGUUUAUAUUUGACUUGCCUCUUGAGCAUUACAUUCAUGUUGCUAAUGCUACAGUUGAACUUUGUACUGUUGCCUCAAUGGAAACUAAAAAAUGAUUAGUCUUAACCCCUCUACAGCUCACUUCAUUUGUGAGAAGUCAUCGAAGGCGUAGACGACACCAAAAUUAAAACAAAUACUUAUCUUUUCAAAUAUUUCAAAUAAAAAAGCUUGUGCCAGAAGCUUCAGACACUCGUGCAUGUUUAAAGAAACUAUGUGGUAGCCUUCAUAAAUGGUAAUUAUAUUUGACUGUGAGUCAUUUAUAUCGCCGUGUUGUGUAUUUGCCAAGUUAAUUAUAGUCCAGUUAAUCUGAAAUAGUGUCUACAAUAACAUCAGACACUGUCGAUAUAUAUAAAUAUCCACCGAAAAGAAUUCCUGAAUGAUUUUUCUGUCCGUGUGUAUUGCUCUUGCUUAAGCCUGUUCCAGCUCUUGAUAGAGGUCUCGUGGAUAACGAGUCAGAGUCUGAAGGGUUUUCCUUCCUCUCCUCUCUU